AUGACAUUGGUUCUAAUUAAAAAUAUUUUAGAAAUUAUCUAGAAUUGACAAAAAUAUCUUGUGAAUAUUAUUCUUAAAUAGCAAAAUGAAGAUUUUAGUGAAAUGUUUACAAGGUGGAAGUACUUUAUUAGACGUUAGUGAAAGUAGUACAGUGUCUGAACUAAAAAAACUAGUACAGAAAAAUAUGAGGAUACCAGUGUUCCAACAAACGUUAAUUUUAUUUGGAAAAUGUUUACAAGACGAAAAAUGUAUAAGUGAUUACCCACAAAUAAAAGAUGGAACUAAGCUGUACGUCGCCAUAAAGAACCCGGAUUUUUUCAAUACUACGCUCCACAAAUUUUUAAGAAAAUACUACCAUGAAGCGCAAUGUAAAGUAAUUGUAGAAGAAUUUAUGAAAAAUUUCCAUUCCAAAGUUAACAGUCUUAGUUUGGACGAUUUAGAAAGGAUAGCAAAAUCAGAAAUUGAGAGUGCGGCCAGUGGACUCUGAUAUAUAUUCACCUUAUAUAUUGAUUUUCAGUGUAUAUUAGAAAUAUAACAAUAGUAAGUUAUGGAUAUUUAUAAAGUGCUAAAAAAAGUGUUUAUCUAUGGUUUUUCUAAUAACAAAUUCGUAUAACACUAGAAAUUCCUUUAA